GUCCCAUAGCUCUUGCCCGGAGUCUAUCAUUUCCAAUAACGUAAAGGUUUGUGAGGUGUACAAGGAGAGAGAGGGGGUAGUGAAAGGAAGAUGCCCUCCCGCAGAAUCGGGUGGGUGCGCGUGCGCAAACGCGACUGAAAGCAGCAAUUGAAGAGGUGAGAACUAAGAGCAAGAAAAAAAGGGCCCCUGGCGUUGUGUAUCUUGACAGCUGCAGGCUUCGUCUUGGCUCUUCGUGACCAAGAUGGGAUCAAGCAAAAGCGGAGGCCAAGAUGGCCCGCCGCAGCAGGCGCAUACCGGGACUGUCACCGUGAGCGUGCGAGUGCGGCCUUUCUUGCCACGAGACCAGGGGCAGCGAAGUGUCAUCCGCAUGGUGCAACCAAAGGACAAAGAAAACCCGACAGUAGUCCUCGAUGUUUUGGCGCCACAACUGGUUGGUUCACCAAGAUUGGAACAAAAACUUUUUGCCUUCGACCACUGCUUCGAUGGCAAAUCCACGCAACAACAAGUUUUCGACACCAUCGGGAAGCAAAUCGUGGAGAACGCAGUCAACGGGUAAGCAAUAGCUGUACAAUUUGAUCAGCAUCUUGCGCUAGUGUAUGUGUCGGUUUCGCUGUGCUAGUUUAGAUCUGGUAGACAAGAAGUAGUACUAGUUCCAAGAAUAGCAACAGGUGAGGACGAAGCCCUUCCAAUUGUUCAGGUACAACGCCUGUGUUUUUGCGUACGGGCAGACAGGUAGUGGCAAGUCGUAUUCCAUUAUAGGGCCUGAAGAGGACGAGGGCCUGAUACCACGAGUCUCGCGGGAUCUGCCGUGGGCGAUGGAGGAUUUCCGUGUCACAGUGUCGUUUCUGGAAAUAUACUUACGAAACUGAUGUAAGUAGACAAAUGUUGAUUUUCUGAUUUUGAGAGUCUUCGAGUUUUAGAAGACCGAACACUCGGAAACUCUUAGACACUCACAAUUUAUUGUCACAAUAUGCUGUACUGCAUGAUGGGCAUGAGCACCAAUGUAUACAGGAUACAAUGCAAUCUUCCUCCUAAGCUGGUCGCUGCUCUAACAUGAAACGAGUCUCUUCGCGAUCUGUUGAACCCCGCGGUGAGAAAGAAGCCCUUGUACGUCCACCAACAUCCAAAGCUUGGUAUCUACGUUCCACACCUUCACGAAGCGCCGGUAACGGACCACCAGGAAGCCAUGUCAAGGCUUGAUUUUGGAGCAAAGAUUCGCGCGACGGCAUCCACUUGCAUGAACAAUCAAAGUAGUCGGAGCCAUUCGCUUUUUAUCGUGCGGAUGACGAGGUACAGUACUUGCACUCCUGUAGAAUUAGAAGUAGAAGAUUUGAUGGAGUGAUGAUGACCUCUGACCUCUGCUGUAUCCUGUGUAGUUCAUCAACAACAACAUUUUCUUGAAAAUAGUCCUUACAAAAGUUAGUACCCUUUACUUUUUCGUCGCUCCACUACCACUCCAUAGGAACGUCGAGAAGGUGAUAAUAACAUCUUCGAUUAACCUGAUCGAUCUGGCGGGUUCCGAGCGGGUAAAAAAAGCGGGGCACCACAGGGGUGGCAGAAUGCUGGAAUCAUCGUCUAUCAAUUCUAGUCUUUCUGUUCUGGGCCACGUCAUCAGCAAACUGGCAGUCGACUCUAUCAAGAAGGGACAGCACGUACCUAUUUUUGAAAUCUCCUCUGAAAUCUCGAGUCUUGGUUAGUAUUAGUUUCCAGAGUUAUUUGAUAAGUUUGUUAGAAUUUUAUUCUGGGGAAGAUUAGCAAUGGGUCGUUUGCUUAUAAAAUUCUCAAGAACUUCUACGGUGGUCUUCUAAGUAUACUGAAAAGAUCUCUACCCGACGACGAACAUCCUCAGAGCAUUGCAGGUCCCUUUCCGACAGUCGAAGUUGACGUAUCUGUUGCAGGAUGCCCUGUCAGGAAACUCGAAGACGUGGAUGAUAGCAAACAUCAGUCCAGCCCAGUCAGAAACAGAGGAGACGCUGAGCACGCUCAGGUACGAAUGGAAUUUGAGGCCCUUUCAUUCGUUGGCUGGAAUGAUAUAAGGUAGUUACAACAGUUGUGUAGUCCAUCUGAGGAAAUUUCCGUGGAUGUUGAGACAAAACAAGGUUAAAUUAGACAUCGUCCACAUCUUCUUGCCAGGUUCGCCCAGUCCGCGAAGAAGGUGAAGUUGACAGCGAGCAUCAAUCAGCAGGACGAGGCCGAAACAGAUCUCAUGUUGCAGACUAUGAUGACAGAAAUCGAGGAGCUGCGAACCGAGCUGCAUCGUCUACCGUCUAGUCCGAAGGCAGGGAGGCUCAGACGGGAAAUGGAAGCCAUGGAAAGUCUCAACGCUGCUGCGAUCACAAAAUACGACCGCCGUGGUUGGGACGACGCUCGUAGAAGAGAAAAAGAGCAGGAGCUCAUGCGGCAAGAGGUACAACUAAACCUGACAUGAUCUCCCCUAAUCGAUUUGUUAGUCUUAGCAGUAGCUGCUUGGGAACCUGUGUGGCCGUCUCUUAAGCUGCCUGUUGAAUCGUCCAAUGAUCAGAUUUUCAUCCCGAGUGAAAUAGUAGUUUUUAGGUCCUCGCGAAUCUCCGUGUUGGGCGCAUGCAAGGCAUGGCGAGCGAGGAUCCUUACAUCUUGAAUAUAUCUGACGACGUUGCAGUGACAGGACGGCUCUUGUACCUUCUGGACGUACCGCAAACGCACAUUGGAAGCGCUGUGAGCAACCAGAUUCGUCUUUUAGGACUAGGGAUUGGCUCAGUAAUGUGCACGAUUCAUAGGGAAGAGGGAGCAAGCAAGCAAGAUAUCAAAUUGAGACUCGAAAAGCGGGAAACAGGAGGCCGACUAGUGAUUAAUGUUAUGAGAGGGAAUGUAUAAGCGAACAGAUGAGGUGGCUGUGGAGGUGCGGCUUGUUGUAGCUUCUGUCAUCGCGUAAAGUCGCAGUUACAACUAGUUUUCCUAAUGUCCAGAAUAGGUACUUUUUGAACAGAGUUGGCUUUAAGAAAAGGCAGGAAGUGGCGGACGGCAGCUCAGUGGCUCUGAAGCACGGCGAUCGGCUGGUAGUCGGGCGUGCGUUCAGUUUUCGUCUAGUAAUGCCAGGUAUGGCGAACGCAGGCGAUACGCAGGCUGAGAGCCUUCCGCCGCCACAAACGUUAGACCCAGAGCUGAAGAAACUGCAAGACGCCGUUGAUGAAAGCAAUGAGUUGAUACGCGAGCUCCUUGGAGACUCUGGACCGCACCUCUCCGUUGGCGUGCUCAGUUCCCCACCUCCAAGUAGCACUGGUACGGUCUUAAGCAAUGCAGGAGGAGCGUCGUCAGGUGGCAGUGCCGGGGGAAGUGGCAAGGGCGUAGGAGGUGGGUCGUCAUCAUCCAGCGAAGAGUCCGUGGUUCGAGAAAGUGUAGGAGGCAGCAGUAGUAGCACCGCGGCGGCAGGUGGCACGAACGUUGAUCUUGCAAGCAACCAAGCGGUUUUCACAGGACAAGGCGACGCGCAGUCAUCCUCUGCUAUCGGAGGUGGCGGAACCAGAACGAAUUUGUCCGAUUCCAACAAUUAUGACACGAAUUGAGAAGAUGAAGAGGGGGCUCUCUGCAACUUGAAUUCUUUAGAAGCUCUAGCACAAACAAGCAACUGUAGACUACGCGAAAGCCAGCUAGCUCCAGAACAAACUGCUUCUAAUCUUCUGAGCUUCUAGCAUCUUCUCAUCUUAUAAUCUUCUAGAACAAACUUCUUCUAAUCUUCUAGCAGGCAAGGCGGGUCGUCCGCAGCUAAUGAGCGGGUUCACGUGAUCCAGCAGCGCGACGAACAUGGAACACUUGUUGCGGUGUGGUUACAGAGCGCCUUUCAGUGUCGCCUUGAAAUCAUGCGCGACCUCUAUCAACAACAUCUCUUAUGUUGAGACCACUUCUUCAGCAGGCUUUCUAAAGAUUUCUGAGGAACAUCAAGACGAGCAUCGGAUUUUCAGUGGCAACUUAGAUGUGAAACCAUGGGUUUUCUUUUCCCGAUCCAUUUCUAAGACAGGAAAAUAUCCGAUUGCAGCAGGCAAAGGCAGAUGGUACGGCGACCGAAGUCACGGACAGCGGUGCCGAGGAAGAUCCAUCUGCGGAUAGCAGCAGCAAUAGGGAUGUUGAUGUUCUUGGCAGCUCCAACGGCGGGACAUUGAUGAUUAUGGUUCUAAGUAGAAGAUGUGUAGCUGAAUCUUAACGACCUACUAUAGUACACAGGCAGCGGCGACCGACUCAAGCAGCAACUAAGUACUAAGUACGGUUUCAUCUUAUUUUCCCUUUCCUCUAAGAAAUACCAGGAAAGCAGCAGGAGAGCAGACGGGGUGUCGGUUACAGGCCAGCGUACAGGAAAGAAAGAGGCCUGGGGCGAGGGCGGUGGGCGAGGGAAGGAGGAUUCCCGAGAUCAGGAUACUCUUCAGGCAACGCAGGUUUGGGAGCCGGGAUCUACAAAUAUCAUGUAGAUCUUGUGCUGUAGUACGAUGACGUUUGAUUAGCCUGUUAUACUAGAGAUAUUUUGUCGACUACUUAGAAAAAGUGAUAAGCAAAACCACUUACGUUUUAUAGUGUCGUUUGGAAGUAUUUUUACGCGUGUUCGAAGCCAGUGAAGAUUUGAAAGCAAAAAUUUCGCUCCUACGCAAAAGAGAUUUAUUGAACCACCGUGUUUGUAAUCCUAUCUCAGAAAAUACCAGCAUAAGAAACAUCAGAAAUUCGCAAUGGGCUAUUGCAUUAUCUACCACAGACUCCAGUCAUUUUUACGGGAACUCAGACCACAGAUACUUGUGAUGUCAGUCAAUUUUUUAGAGAGUGGAAACGGAAGACGCAGCGAACUUCGAGAACGACACUGUCUUUUGAUUUGAA